UGAAUUAAUACAAUUGAGGUAAAGUUGGUUUUAUAUUCACGCAUUCCGACUUUCUCCUCAAUAAUUUAACAGUAAAUAUUUUUGCUAAAUAGUUGCUUUUAGGUUUUUUCCUGAUGUCUAAUAUGGUCUUAUGACUUACCGACUAUUUGUCAGCUUGUGUUUGUCAUUUUACAUCAUAGAAAUGAUUUGCAAUUCCACAUAAUUAAUUUCAGUUUUCAAACAUUUUCUAUUAUAAUUGUACAUUUAUUGUUGUUGUUUCUUUUGUGUGAUUGUCUUUCAUAUUUCUCAUUUACAACAGUGUGUUUAUUUUAAACCUGUGAUUAAAGAGUUUUCUAAUAUUUCCCUGUUCAUUUCCUUUAUUUCAGAAAACACAGAGAAAAGGAGGAAAGGGAAUAAAGCCUCUGCUUUCUUUAAGAGAGCAUGGAAGGCUGUGAAGCGCCCUUUCCUUUGCUGUGACCGGAACAGAGUGGUUCCCUUUGAACCACGGUCAGAUGUCGAUGAUUUCCAGCAUCUGCCUGUUCCAGGUCCCUCCAGGACCGUCGCAGCACAUGCAGACCUUGAGCCGGUGUGGCUGCCAGGCCAGGUCUGUGAAGAUCUUCAGCCGUUGAGUGUUCCGGGCCCCUUCAGCAUCGAGCAAACAGCAGAUGUGCCGAAUGCAGAUCCGGCCCGUCCAGAGUCCUCGACGGCCCUCACAGGUCAUGUUGAUACUGAGCUGGUGUGUCUGCCAGGCCAGGUCUGGGAAGAUCCCCAGCCAAUCAGUGUCCAUGACCUCUCCAAUAUUAAGAACAUGACGGAUGCAGAUUCGGCCCAUCGAGCAAACAGCAGAUGUGCCGAAUGCAGAUCCGGCCCGUCCAGAGUCCUCGACGGCCCUCACAGGUCAUGUUGAUACUGAGCUGGUGUGUCUGCCAGGCCAGGUCUGGGAAGAUCCCCAGCCAAUCAGUGUCCAUGACCUCUCCAAUAUUAAGAACAUGACGGAUGCAGAUUCGGCCUGUCCUGAGUCGCCUCCGUCUGUUCAAGACCCCUCUGAUAUUGAUGGGACUGAUGAAAAACCCAAGAAAGGAAAGAAAGGCAAAAGAGUCUCUGCUUUCUUCAAGAGAGUAUGGAAGGCUGCAACACGCCCUUUCCUGUGCUGUGACACGGAUGUAGUCCAGCAUCUUACACCACAACCUGAACCCGAGCCUGAGCCCGAGCCAGAGCCUGUGCCUGAACCUGAACCUGAGCCUGAACCUCAACCUGAGCCUGAGCCUGAGCCUGAGCCAGAGCCCGAGCCAGAGCCAGAGCCAGAGCCCGAGCCCGAGCCCGAGUCCAAGUCCGAGUCCGAGUCUGAGCCCGAGUCUGAAUCUGAGUCAGAGUCAGAGUCAGUUCUUGAGGAGCCUAAUGAGGCUUCUGGGCUCACUCUUGGAUCUAGGGUGGGUCUUUUUGAAGUGAAAGACCUGAUUGGAGAAGGAAGUUAUGGCAAGGUGUAUCUGGGAUCUCACGUAUUUAAUGAGAGAACAAAGGUUGCCCUGAAGUACAUCAAGAAGCGUAAACAGGACCGUUAUCUCGACAUUCAGAAGAAAUAA